ACCUGAUAGCUUCGAGUUCGGCCAACCGAGAGCGACGCUCGUCCAUUUUGGGGUUAAAUUCGGUAGGAAAAUGGAGGUUACCCGAGUGUCUUUCCGGACGUUAUUUCCCGAUAGUUCAGCUCGUGGCUGGAAGAAAGCGGCGGGGUGGGGGGUGGGGGGGUUCGCCGCACCUCGGGUCUCCUAUAGCUACCGCACUGAAGAGUCGCGGGCUGUGCCCCAGUAGCCGCUCAUGUGUCGCCGUUUUCGGGGGCAAUUCAUUUAUUACCACGCACGCAGCGACAAACCCGACCCACGAUUGCCCUCCCACCCCCAGUAAUCGAGGAGUGUGACAUGCCCACCAUUUUUUUCCAAUCUAGGAGUCGUGACAAUGUUGACAGAUGCUCUCCAUUUGAUUUCCACUCUUCCACCGGUGUCUCCGAUCCAGGCCCGACAAUGGGGAGAAGAGUAGCCGGCGACGAACGUGCCCCGAGCGGGCUGCAGCUGUGACGAGCUCCCCCGCCCCGUCCACUCCCGCCUUCUCCAGGAAAUAGCCGGCACUCCUCCAAGUGCACCCGCAACAUGACCGUUUUCAAGCAGGAGAAUGUCGAAGACCUUUAUGAGAUCGGGGACGAACUGGGCAGCGGGCAGUUCGCGGUGGUCCGGCGCUGCCGCCGUCGGAGCACGGGCGCCGAGUACGCCGCCAAGUUCAUCAAGAAGCGGCGCAGCAAAUCCAGCCGGCGCGGCGUGACGCGGGAGGACAUCGAGCGCGAGGUGGACAUCCUCAAGGAGAUCCGCCACCCCAACAUCAUCGCGCUGCACGAGGUCUUUGAGAGCAAGGCCCACGUCAUCCUCAUCCUGGAGCUCGUGGCCGGCGGGGAACUCUUUGACUUCCUGGCGGAGAAAGAGUCGCUGAGCGAGGAGGAAGCCACGCAGUUCCUCAAGCAGAUCUUGGACGGCGUCUUCUACCUGCACUCCAAGGGCAUCGCUCACUUUGACCUCAAGCCGGAGAACAUCAUGCUGCUGAGCCGCGAGCCGCCUCACCCGCGCAUCAAGCUCAUCGACUUCGGCCUGGCGCACAAGAUGGACUUUGGCGACGACUUCAAGAACAUUUUCGGAACGCCAGAGUUUGUCGCUCCUGAGGUGGUGAACUACGAGCCGCUGGGCUUGGAGGCGGACAUGUGGAGCGUCGGCGUGAUAACGUACAUUCUGCUGAGCGGGGCGUCGCCCUUCCUGGGCGACAACAAGCAGGAGACGCUGGCCAACGUGUCGGCCGUGGACUACGCGCUGGACGACGACUUCUUGGGCGGCACCAGCGCCCUGGCCAAAGACUUCAUCGCCAGGCUCCUGGUCAAAGACCCCAAGAAGCGGAUGAGCGUUCAGGACAGCCUGCGCCACCCCUGGAUCCAGCCCGAAGACACGCGGCAGGCGCAGAGCAGGAAAGAGUCGGCGGUCAACGUGGAAAAGUUGAAAAAGUUUGCCGCACGAAGAAAAUGGAAACAAUCGGUGCGCCUCAUCUCCUUGUGCAAGCGCCUGUCGCGCUCCUUCCUGUCCAGAAGCAACAUGAGCGUGGCGCGCAGCGACGACACGCUGGAUGAGGAGGACUCGUUUGUGAUGAAGGCCAUCAUCCACGCCAUCAACGACGACAACGUUCCGGGCCUGCGCCACCUGCUGGACUCGCUGAGCGGCUACGACGUCAACCGGCCCAACAAGCGCGGCACGCCGCCGCUGCUGGUCGCCGCCGGCUGCGGCGGCGUCGACGUCAUCCGGCUGCUGGUGGCCAAAGGAGCCUGCGUUCAAGCGCGCGACAAGAGCGGCGCCAACGCCAUCUACUACGCGGCAAGACACGGCCACGUGGACACGCUGAAAUUCCUCCACGCCAACAAGUGUCCCCUGGACGUUCAAGAUAAGUCGGGGGAAAGCGCUCUCCACGUGGCGGCCCGCUACGGCAACGCCGAGGCGGCGGCCUACCUGUGCGGCGCCGGCGCCGACCCGGACCUCGGCGACAAGGAGCGAGAGACGCCCCUGCACUGCGCCGCCUGGCACGGCUACUCGGCCGUGGCGCGGGCGCUGUGCCGGGCCGGCUGCCGCGUGGACGCCAAGAACCGCGAGGGCGAGAGCGCCCUCCUCACCGCCUCCGCCCGCGGCUUCGCCGACAUCGUGGAGUGCCUGGCGGAGCAUGACGCCGACCUGGAGAGCGCCGAUAAGGACGGGCGCACGGCCCUGCACCUGGCCGUGCGGCGCUGCCAGCUGGAGGUGGUGCGCCGCCUGCUGGCGCGGGGCUGCCGGUCGGAGUGGCAGGAUCGCCACGGCAACACAGCGCUGCACGUCGCCUGCAAGGACGGAAACGCCGCCCUGGUGGCCGCGCUCUGCGCCGCCCGAGCCGUCCUCGACGUCCCCAACAAGUCCGGCCGCACCCCCCUCCACCUGGCGGCCGGCAACGGUGCCCUGGAAGCCGUGCGUCACCUCUGCCUGUGCGGAGCCAACACGGAUGCCGUCACCAACGAUGGCAAAAGCGCGGAGGACUUGGCUGCGGCGGAGCAACACGACGCUGUGGUGGCCUUGCUGGGGAAGCUCAAAAAGGACAACCACAGGCUGGCCUUCAUCCAGCAGCUGCGGCCCACGCAGACGGCGCAGCCGCGCAUCAAGCUCAAGGUCUUCGGCCAGCAGGGGGCGGGCAAGAGCGCGCUGCUGGAGUCGCUCAAGUGCGGCAUCCUGCGCAGCUUCUUCCGCCGGCGCCGCACCGCCGCCCGCGUCGGCGACGCCUCGCGCCGGCCCGACUCGCCGGUCGACUCUAAGCCCACCGUAUCGGCGAGCAUCUCCAACUUGUUCCCGGGCUGCGAGAACGUGAGCGUGCGCAGUCGCAGCAUGAUGUUCGAGCCCAGCCUGACCAAAGGCCCCCCGCAGCCGCUGUCGCCCGCCCGCGCCCCCCUCUCGUCCUCUGUCGACGACGAGCAGGCCACCAGGGCCGUCGACGUCCAGCACGCCAACAUCCACGGCGUGGGAGAUUUCAGCGUGUGGGAGUUCUCGGGCAACCCGGCCUACUUCUGCGCCUACGACUACUUUGCGUGCGACGACGGCACGGCGCUCCACCUGCUGCUCUUCAGCCUGGAGGAGCCGUACGAGAGCCAGCUGGCCCACCUCACCUUCUGGCUCAACACGCUCAAGGCCCUGGCGCCGCCGCCGACGCGCAUCCUGUUCGGCGGGAGGGCGCCGCGGCCCCCGCCGGUGGUCCUGGUGGCCACCCACGCCGACCUGGCCGACCUGCCCAGAGGUUCCUCCGGCGAGUUCAGCUACAAGAAAGAGAGAGCGCUCCUCAAGGAAGUUCGCAGCAGGUUUGGAAAUGACCUUGAGAUCAGCGACAAGUUGUUUGUGAUGGACACCGGCGCCUCCAACUCCAAAGACAUGAAGCUGCUGAGGAACCACCUGCAGGAGCUGCGCGCGCGCCUCAUCUCGAGCUGCGGCGCCAUGACGCCGCUGUCGGAGCGCCUGCUGGCGGCGCUGCCCGCCUGGCGGAAGUCGAGCGGCCCCAACCAGCUGAUGUCCUGGCAGCAGUUUGUCCGCCAGGUCCAGGAGAACAUCAACCCGCUGGUCAGCCAGCAGCACCUGAGAGGCCUGGCGUUGCAGCUGCACAGCAUGGGCGAGAUCCACAUCCUGCAGAGCGAAACGGUGCAGGACGUGGUGCUGCUGGAGCCGCGCCGGCUGUGCGGCGCCGUCUUGGGCCGCCUGCUGUCCGCCGAGACGCCCAAGGCCAUCCACCACUACAGGGGGCGCUACAGGCUGGAGGAGCUGCGGGCCCUGGCGCCCGACGGCCACGCCGAGGAGCUCCUGCAGAUCCUGGACGCCAUGGACGUGUGCGCCCGCGACCCCGCCGACCCCGCCAUGGUGGACGUGCCCGCGCUUAUCGAGGCGGGGGGCCCGCGGCGCUCGUGGAGCCGCGACGACGCCGAGGGGGACGACGAGGACGACGUCUACGGGGGCGUCCGGCUGGUGCCCGCCGAGCAUCUGGCCGCCUUCCCCUGCGGCUUCUUCCACAAGCUGCAGGUCAACCUGUGCCGAUGGAGUCGGCAGCCCAAGCCCGACCGCCGCCGCGAGGAGGAAAGAGAGGCCGACGUUCACCUGUGGCCAGACGGAGCUGAGGUGAGCCGGUCAGGCGCGGAGGCCGCGGUGCUGCUGGUCAACCACGGCCAGGGCCUGGAGAUCCGGGUGCGCGGGGGCCAGUGCCGGCGGGCCCAGUGCUACGCCCUGCUGGACGCCGUGUGCGGCAUGGCCGAGAGCCUGCUGGCGUCCACGCUGCCGGGCCUGCUCACCGCCAAGUACUACCUGAGCCCCCGGCAGCUGCGCGAGCGCCACGCCCCCGUCAUGGCCUACCAGCCCAAGGACUUCCUGAGGGCGCAGCUGCAGGGGGAGACCUCGCUGGCCAACACCAUGGCGGGCUACAGGGAGAGCUUCGGCGCCAUCCUGGCCUUCGGCUCGGCCGAGGUGUACCAGCGCGGCGUGCUGGGCCCCGACGUGCACGUGGCCGAGGUGCCGGCGCUGGCCCGCCGCAAGCUGUGCCGCAUGCUGGACCCGCCCGACGCCCUGGGCAAGGACUGGUGCCUCCUCGCCAUGAACCUGGGCCUCGGCGAGCUGGCGGCCAAGCGCGGCCAAGACGGCCCGGCGGGGGACAGCCCCACGGCCGCCCUGCUGCGCGAGUGGGGCGGGCGUCCCGGCGGCACGGUGGGCGUCCUGGUGCUCAAGCUGCGGGAGCUGGGCCGCAGGGACGCCGCCGAUUUCCUGCUCAAGGCCUCGCCCGUCUUCAGGCUCCACGCGCGGGCUGACGCCGACGACGACGCCGCCCCCGCCGCCUGCAAUGGCGGUACGUCCUACCACUCCAUCAGCUCCGUCGUUUCCCGCUAAAAAAAAAAAAAAAAAAGAAGCUGGGAGUCCGACGACUCUCACGUGCGUCAUUUGCUUCCGUCGUGAAUGCGGACCCCCCCGCCCCCAAGUGAUGGUCCGUGCCCCUUUCACGCAAACCGCCUUUUUUUGCUCUUUUGGCGAUAAAGCAGCGAGCCGCGCGGGGGGAUUCCGGCGCCGGCCACUUUGGCUCUAAAGACAGCCGACGCCCGCAACGGGGGAGCUGCAGUUUCACGCGCCUCGUUCAUUUUGUGUCGAAAGCCAUUGUCGCAGAUGUCUCUUCCAAGUCUCUCGUUAGGCGGAGCUCCGCUCGGCUUUCGGAAAUAAAUGCCGGCUCUACCGUUCUGCCUGGGUUGCGCCAAUUUACCAGGAAUACAAGUGCAAAAGGGGCCAGCCUCCGCCUGACCGGCGUGCCUCAAAAGCCCCUUUGACCACAGUCGCCGAUUGGGGGCGGCUGAAAUUCAACAGCGUCCAAGUCGUCCGCGCGCCCUUGGACGCUUCCGCCUCCGGCCGUGUGGAAGGGGCUUCCGAACUCCGCUUUGAGUCACCUCCUUGCGCCGCUCUUGGGACUGCGUUCACGCUUGCAAUUUGCUGGUGGUCAUCUGAUCACGCGGGCCUAUGCCGCUCUCCGUGCGAAAGGCACCAAUGGACGAAUGCUCUUCUGACGUACAUCUCACAGGAUUUUGCGUGAAGCCUUGUCGGUGUGAAACGGUGUAGCGGCGCCGCGAUAUCCCACCUUCGUUAGCUGCCGCGUGAACGGCAAACGAUAAAUGGGAGCGUAGCCGCCAUGUCCACUACGUAUGUCCGAUGGCGUUUAGCGCACGUCCUCGUCUACCUUUUCCCGCAGCCAAAGUGAUGCCGUAAUCAGCGCGCGUUCAUCUCGGCCUCGUCAUCCGUCUCGCCGCAGCAUUUCAUCCCGGUGCCUUUGCGGCCUUCUACCUCCCCCAAGCACAAAUCAGAGCAGGUGUGCCUUAUCUGCACAAAAAAAAGGCCAAAAAUGUAUUUUUUUUUCUUUUUUUUUAGUCUAAAAGAUCUGCAAAUCAGUUGUCUAUUGGGCUUGUCAGGGUUUGCUCAAAGUGAAUUUUUAUGUUGUAUGGCUGGAAACCAAAUAAUGAUUUACUCCUCCCCCCACCCUCCCCCCAAAAAUGCCACUUUCAUCUUGUCCCGUUAAUGAUAAAAUAUAUCCAUUUUUUUUCAACAAUAAUAAUAGCAUUGUGAAAAUUGUUUUUACAUUUUGACGUGUAUGAGUGAACAGGGAACGAAAUGUCAAAAGUUUGGCAUGUUUUAAUUGUGCAGAUCUUCAAUAUCGGCACUCUUGCGCAAAUCUGAAGCAUUUGUUGUUUUUUUAUGGGGGAGGGGCGGGAUGAUUGGGGAACCCCUUUUUUUCAUGGAAAUGCUUAUUGGAGGUUUAUACGCCAUUUUUUCCUCCCCCCUAAGAGUUUGGGGGCUAUAAAAAAGCAAAAUAAAAUUGGGACAUGGGUCCUUGACAU